AAAUUGUAGAGUUUUGCCGAUUAAUAUAUUUAUUUAUAAAUAAAUAAUAUUAAAAGAAAGUGAAAACUUGAUAUUGAAACAAAUCUAAUAAACCAAAGUAAAGAAUGUGAGUAAAUUUAACAAUUAGGAUUUAGGAAUUAGGAAAAGCUCCGGGCAAAAGGAAGUGCUCAACUGAACCAAAGACAUUCAUAUCUGAAGAGAAUACUGAAGAGGGUAAGGACUCCGACUAAAGAGAGAGAGAUUAAGAGAUGGCUUACUAUCUCCAGCAAAGGCAGCAGCAGCAUGAAGAACGAGAGUAUUACUACCACCACAACAACGUCAACGUCAACUUGAAUGAAAGUAGAAACCCCAAUUUUGAAUUUGAUCCUAUUUCCAAUUCUACACAACCCAAAAUGAAUACCAAAAUUCCAAUUUAUAUACCCAAAGAGCAGCGUCAUAUUAAUACCCUUUUCGUCUCUGGCCUCCCUGACGAUGUCAUCCCUCGCGAGAUUCACAAUCUCUUCCGCCGUCGUCCUGGCUUCGAUUCUUCCCAGCUUAAGUUCACUGGCCGUGGCAAUCAAGUUGUUGCUUUUGUCACAUUCUUCAACCAUCAAUCAGCUGUUAUGGCAUUACAAGACUUAGACGGUGUCAAAUUCGACCCACAAGCUGGAUCUGUUCUACAUAUUGAAUUGGCAAGAUCAAACUCAAGGCGGAAACGAAUGCCAGGCAGUGGACCUUAUGUUGUGAUUGAUAACAGGAAAAAAGCUGCAGAUGAUUGUGAGGAUACAUCUAGUGAUGAUGGUGAUAAUGAUUCUGAUAACCGAAGCCAGAGUGAAGAUCCUGACUCGUCCAACAACAAAACUCAUUCGGCCACUGUAAAAAGUGAUGAGAAGAAAGUAGAACUCUGUGGCGCUGAAGCUAGACCAAAUAUAGAAAAGACCUCUGAAGGUGAUUUGAGAUCAUGUUCCACCUUGUUUAUUGCUAAUUUAGGCCCUAACUGUAGUGAGGACGAGCUGAGACAAGCUCUUUCUCAAUAUCCUGGAUUUAAUGGACUGAAGCUGCGUGCUAAAAGUGGUAUGCCAGUUGCAUUUGCAGAUUAUGAGGAAGUAGAACAAGCUACUAACGCAAUGCAAGCGCUUCAGGGGAGCAUGUUACCAUCAUCAGAUAGGGGUGGCAUGCACAUCGAAUAUGCUAGGUCUAAAAUGAGGAAGCCGUAGACAAAAUAUACUCGCAAUAUCCAUGCGAUUACUGCACGAGUAUAAUAGAACCUCUCUUAUUUGCUUGCUUGUCAGCAACGAGCGCAAAUGCUUUGGAUGCUGAAGAACUAGCUGUUGCUGAAGGAUAGAAAUCAGUCUUUUUUUUUUUUUUGUAGUUUUUCGUGUUCAAUAGCUUUUGAUGCAUAUAUGUAACCAAUUGUUUUUUUUGGAGUUUGUAAGUGGUAGUAAAAGUACAAGAAGAAAAAGAUAUUGAGCUUUGAAUCGUUUAUUCCGUGAUCCAGAUUCGAUUCGAAUGGAAUUACGAUUAUCUAUUUUUUCA